AUGUACUCUUAUAGAUUUUCAUAAGAGGGUUACGAUCUUUGGUUCUUUGAAGCCUUCCCAUAGAUAAACAUCCAGGAUGCUUUUGAAUCAAAACUUCUCAAUUAAGAUUAAUUUGUUCUAAAUCAAGUGAUGACUCUAGUACUUUCAAUAAAAUAUAUUCAUAGCAUAAACCUAGAAUUAGCAGAUAAAACUGCUUAUUUUCAGUUAGAUAAUGUAUCCUUUUGCCCAAGCCAGAAUAUCUUCAAAAUUAACACCCCUCUAGUCCUUAAGAGUUUAAAGCUAAAAGUUAUUGAAGAGAGUAAUAGUGAUUCAGAGGAAAAAGAAGAAUCAGAAUUAGUUAACACUGAAGUAGAUGUUUCUUGGGUUAUUUUGAAAUCUAAAGAAAUAAUUCAGAACUUUAUCACUGCAAGAGAUGAUUAUGUUUAAAAGCUAAUUUAAGCAGAGGUUAAUGAUAUGGAUGAGCUUUUGCAGCAUAUUUAGCGAUUAUCUUAAAAACUCUUCAAAAGCUAUUCAAAUGAAAGAGAGGAAUAAGAAAAUUAGGACAGCAUAGAAUCUUCUUCAGUAACAUAAAUGUUUGGAGCUAUAGACUUCAAUGGGUUCGAUGGAAAACUAAUUCUCACUCAUUAAGACAAUAUGAUUGAACAGCUUUAAAUCCAUAAAUACUAAUUAUCUAAACUUGACAUUAAAAGUGAUGACUUCGAAGAUUUAAAAACUGAAAAACUAAUUUUAAUUGGGAAAAUUGUGAGAAUUACCAUACUAAGAUGCUCAUUAGAUCUCAGCGAUAACUUAUUUAGAUCAAGAGAAAAGCUUUUAUUGGAGAAUGAUUAUGAAAAGUAUAUAGAGUAGGUUAAAUAGUACCUAGAAACCUAAAAAUGGAUAGUUUAGGAACUUCAAUAGAAAGCUAUUGAUAUGCUAGAUCUAAAUAAAUACUUCAAUAGUAAUGAAUACGAUUCUAUAUUAUCCAUAAAAUGUCUUGAAUAGGCAACUAACUUUCUAACUUUAAACGAUAGUUAGUUAUUAGAAGUUUUCAAAUCAGAUUCAGAAAAUCUGAUGCAAAAUACUACUUUACCUAAAAAUCUGAAUAAGAGUGUAUUACUUCAGAUUGCUAAAUACUUCAAGCUUUCAGUGAUAAAGAUACUCGAUUAAGCUUCAAGAUUAGACAAAAACAUUGAAGAUAACAUGUUUGAGGAGGCUAUAAAAAUAGAAGACGAGUUACUUUAUAUCUUCAAAAUCUAAAGAAGAGAGCUGAUAAAAGCAAUAAUUGAUUUUCACGUUGAGGAAGAAUUCUAAAUGUGA